CCUUGUUCUUUGUGUCUAGUGAAUGCACACUGCAGGUCGUUAGAUAUCGGAUCCCGGGAUUGCGCCGGAUUUGAAGCAAGCCCAGCGGUGACAACUAAGUGCCGGGCUGCGAUCGUAAUACCGAGAAAAAUGGACUGUGAACAAGAUGUCCGAUUUUGCACCCGGGAUCCUCUGUCUAAAUGUCUCCAAGCAAAGAAGGAAUUAGAAACUGCCAUCUCUGCAGUUCUUAAAGCAGAACAACAAGUGAAAGAGAAUAGCAGAGAGGUGAAGGCUCACAUUCACUCCUGCAUUAGCCGCAAUAUGGAGUGCCUUCGCAGCCGGGAGGUUUGGCUGUUGGAGCAAGCAGAUCUCAUCCAGCAAAUCAAAGAGGAAACUCUGCAGCAGCAAGCCCAGCAGCUGUACUGGCUGCUGGGACAAUUCAAUUGCUUAAUUCACCAGCUUGAGACACCUCAUAGUAAUGAUGUUGCCAAUCAGAUCACUGUUUGUUUGGAGCGGCUGGGCAGCCUUGCUCUUAAACCAGAAGAAUCAUCCACCCUGAAUUUUGAAGCCAAUAGUAAUUCUCUCCGCCAAGCUAUUACCACGUUUGGUUCCCUAAAAACACUGAAUGCUGACCAAGAAAAAGCAACUCCCCUUACCAAUACACCACACAAUUUUGUGACCCAGAACCCAUGGCUUCUUCAUAAUUGUUUUGUACCCUCAAUUGAGCAGAAACUGAUGUCUGGAAGCUGGAAGACUCCACUUUCUGAUUGGCUGUUGGAAAACCGAGCAACCAACCAGCCCCAGUGUUCUUCCCCAUACAUCCCAAGCUCCUGCCCCCAGGAUUGGCUCCUGAAAAGAGAAUUUUCUGAGACUGUCCAGGAAAUAAGCACACCUGAAGACUACUUGUUCAGCGUGGAGAAGAUCUGGGGACAGCUUAGCGAGUUGCACAACUGGCUGAUGCAGACUCAGCAAAAAGAGGAGGAGAACACCUGUACCCGUGUACGCACCACUUCUGAUUCCAGUUCUUCUUUCUCAAUUGAAAAAAUUGAAGACACAGAUUUAGAUCUCCAAGAGCCAGAAGACAUGGACCUCUCCGACUGGCUGAUCUCCCCUAUUGAAAAUGAAAAUACCACAGACUUGAUGGAUGACAAGUGGAGACUUGUGUUUAAGACAUUUGGUGACGACUACAACAUAAGCGACUGGCUCCCAAAGGUUGAGUCCUGCAGUAACCGCUGUGGUGGUCAGACAUCUGCUUUGGAGAUCGAGAACCUGGGUAAUCUGAAGUGUCUCAACGAGCAAGUGGGAGGAAAGAAGUCUCCAAAUUCUAUUAAUAUGUGGCUUAUAGAGCACCCUCAGCCGGUAUUAAAGGUGGAAGAGGUCUGUAAAGCCAAUGAGCCAUGUUCUACAUUUUCAGAGUGUGUAUGUGAUGACAACUGUGAAAAGGAGGCCCUUAAGAAAUGGCUACUGAAGAAGGAAGGAAAAGAUAAGAAUGGUAUUCCAAUGAAACCAGAAAAGAAAAAAAAUCUAGAGCAUGAGAAGCCAAAGUCUUCAAAUAUCUGGCUUCACCCAUGCAGAAGAAGUUCCAUUGACCAAAGCAGUAGCAAAAAUCUAGAAGAAUGUGAUCCCUGCCUUAGGCAUUUCAAAGCUUUACUUGAGUCUCCUUUAUCUACAUGGGUGUCCCAGCCAAAUAGAACAGAAGAGAAGGCCAGCAAGGAAAUUACGGAAAGCAAAUGGAAGCUGAUGACUGCAGAAAGCCUGUCCCCAUUUAAUUUGCCUCUGAAGCCGGACAGCUGGGUGUUGUCAUCCAAGAACACAGAUAACUUGGAAAAGACAGAACAGUCUGCAGUGGAGGAUAAGUGGCUGUUGCGUAAAAAAGCACAUGAACGCUCUGGCCUAUCCAGCGUCUGUGACCUGUUUGCUUGCAUGAAACUAGCAGCUGAUAAAGACAAGUGGUUAUACCGUACCCCUCUGCAGAUGUGAAGCACUUUAUAUUCGCAGAACCACUAAUCCACAUUUUCGCUGAAGACGCACAUCUGAAAAUCUUCAUAGCAAAGAAUUUUGACCAUUCUUUUGCAUUUUUUCACUCAUAAUUAUUCUGCUGAUUUUAAAUAUCAUGUAAUGAAAUGUUGAGUCUAAGGGGUAACAAAUUCUUUAACAGCCCAUCUAAAAGUGCCAUUUAGUGGGAGAACUGACUUUAUAGAGAACAGUGAAUUUUUACUGUUUUAUUUUCAUUUUAAUUUGGUAUUUAAAAAAUACAUUUUGCUUAGUUAUCUAAAGGAAUAUAUAAUAUUGCUACAUUUUUGGCCUAAGCACCAACAGUAUGAAAUACAUUUUUACCAUGCUGGCAGUACGCACUGUGCACACAGAUAAUAAAUAAGUAAAAACUAAUUUUGCAGCACUUAGAUUUAGGUAAAAAUGGACAACUGCUUAGUUUCCUUAGAGAGUAAAAUGUUACUUUUUAAAGAAGUAUUUCUGCAGUUGCACAAACAUUGGUCUAUGUCAAGUGAUCUGCUUAUGGUGCUUAUUACGUUCAUCAGUGUCUGUGAAGACAUAAAAAAAAUUGCCCAGCCCAGCUGUAUUUGACUCUUUGCUUUUAAGCAUUUUGUGAAUAAUUCUUACUUUGUUCCACUUCAUAGCAUAAAGCAGAUCGUUAAUUGCUGACGAUAAAUCAUGUACGAGCAGACUGGCUAUUUGCUCCUAAAACUUGCUUUGUGCUGUUUGUGCAGAAACUGUAACAUUUUUGUUAUACCAUAUUUUUAUUUACGUUAAAUAAUGGUAUUCAUUAUUAAGAAGAAAAAAAAAACAUUGCUGCCCAGAGAACCGGUAAUAAAAAAUAGCAAGAAACACAAUUUGUCUGUCUUGCGAUGUAAAACAAGUUCCUCCUAUCCAUUAUUUUAAUUCUUUGACUGGUAUGUUUGUUUUUUGUUUUAAAUUAACCAUAAUUUUGGGAAACUGUUGGAUACACCUUAAACCACAUUUGUUACAUAAUAUUUUUUUUGAGAUUUGCCUCACAGCCAUUUUUAUUUUAGCAGUUUGCACAAAAUGGGAAAAUAGCAAUCUAUAAAUGUUUAAAUAUUUUAAACGUAAUAUUAACUCUAGUUAGUUUUUGGAAAUUUAAAAUAAGGAUAAACCAUUUGUUUCUUUUUCUGACUUUUCAAAGUCGUGUAUUUCCAUUUAUCUGGUUAAUCCUGUCUACGUGAAGGCGUUCAGUAUUCUGAUGUCAUUCUAACAUUAAUUUAAUAAAUAAAAUCCAUAAUAUUGCUAUCUUACAUUAUUUUUAUGUCUGAAUGGGCCAUGAUAUUCUUGUAUUGUCAUUAUAUUAAGAAAAACUUUAUUCUUUUAACAAAUAUGCAAAUUAAUACUUUGAGUAUGUUGUUUCCAUUAAAAUACUUUCGUAUGUAACAUUUUUUGUUUCAUUAAAUAGUUACAAACACA